AAUCUUUGUAUAUAUCAAUUAACUUACGGGUUUGGUAUUCAAAUUAUUCUAAACUUCCUCCACAUGCCGUUUCCCGUUUGGACGUAAAUAUAACCAGCAUUUUACUAGGCGGAGAGAAACAUGUUGAACGAAGAAACAGACUUGGUAGAUGGAGUCAGCGCCAGUGAGGACGAGGAGGACGAUGAGAGGGGCCAUGCCAGGCUGUUGGAUGCCAUAUCUAGUCUGGGGGGCAAGAAAAUCAACAAGAAAAGUCAAAGAACAGUUCCCACCAACCAAGUGUCAGAAUUUAACUUCAAGGUGACCACAGAUGACUCCAAGGUCAAGCUCCACGAGUUAGUGGGAACCCUGAAGACAUCCACCAGACACGGUGAGCUGAAGAACCAGCUGAACCGGGUACAGAACCAGAACGUGGUAGCGGUCCCACUGCCAAAACAUCAGAAAGAGAAGAUUGAGAGAGGUGUAGCUUAUGAUAAGACGGCCAAGGAGAUUUCAAAAUGGGAUCCAGUGGUCCUAGCCAAUAGACAGGCGGAACAACUACAGUUUCCUCUACAGAAAACGGAAAUUCAUCUGUAUAAUACAACCGACAAGUUCAAGCAGUUCAAGCCUAGAACUCCCCUGGAGAAAGAGAUAGCGGCCGUGCUGAAGGGAAAUCAGAAGGACCUUCCGGCCAAGCACAAGGAACUGACCCCAGCAGAAGAGAGAGCCAUUGCCGCCAUGAGUCUGGAGGAGGCCAAAGAGAGAAGGGCAGAGCUUCAGAAAUUCCGAGCACUGAUGUCAUAUAAAGAGGCAAAGGCCAAACGACAAAAGAGGAUCAAAAGCAAAAAGUUCCACCGAGUUCUUAAGAAAGAAAAGCUAAAACAUGAGAAGAAAGCAUUAGAGGAGUUAGAGAAGAAUGACCCAGAGGCUUACCAUGAAAAAUUGGAGGACAUCGAAAGACAGAGGAUAGAGGAACGAAUGAGUUUGAAACACAGAGGUGGCAGCAAAUACGCCAAGAAGGAAAUGUUGUAUGCCAAGUACGAUGACAAGGCGAGGCAAAGAGUGCAGGACAUGUUACAAAAGAGCCGAGAACUCACUCAGAAAGCUGUUGUCGUUAGUGAUAGUGAAGAUGAGGAGGAGGAGGUAGACUCAGAAGAAGAGAUGAUGGAGAGAGAGUUAUCUGCCCUUUCUUCCAACCCCUGGAUGAAAGUCCAGGCUCCAGCAGCUCCAAAAUCUGAUUUUACACGAGCAGAAGUGAUGCUUAACAGCGAGGGUCACGAGGAGACGGAAGAAAGCGAGUCUGAUGAAGACGCCGAUGUAUUAGAGAAGAUGGGAAAAGAACUGAAGAAGAAGCAGACUGAAGAGGCCACACAGACAGCUCAAAUUGUUGAGGAAGAUAUCGAUGAAAUAUUUCAAAAACUGGAAGAUAAAGACCAAGUGAAGGAUGAAGAAGCGAAGAUAGAGAAGGGAAACAGCAAGAGGAAGAGGCGGAAGAAGAGGAAGAAGAAAGUGGAAGAGGUGAAAGCUGAAGUGGAGAAGGAAGAAGUAGGUGAUGUUCCUCUGAUCAGUGAAGGACUGAAAAGGAAGAAGACCCUGGAAGACAUAGAGGAAGAUGAGGAUGAGUCCGAGGAGGAAGGUCCUUCAUCUUUCAAGUCAGCUGGACCCAAAAAUGGCAGAGACUUUAAGAAUGUGAACGGUGGUGAUUCAGCUGCAGAUAGCAAAACAGAGGAGGUGUUUGUGGACCCCAAUAAGCUCUUUACUCUGGAGACCAAGAUAUAUGACAUUGCAAAUCCGGAUAUCACUGUCGGAGACAACGAGGAGGAGUCUGAUGGGGAGGAGGCGCAGAGGUCCAUGAUAGCCCAGGCUUUCGCAGACGAUGACGUCAUUGAUGAGUUUGUACGGGAGAAAGAUGCCACCGUGGACAGGGACAAACCGAAGGACAUCAAUCUUUUCCUCCCGGGCUGGGGAAGCUGGGGCGGGGAGAGCAUUAAAGUGUCCAAUAAAAAACGCAAAAAAUUCGUUAUCAAAGCACCGGAGGGACCACCACGGAAAGAUAACAGACUGGGUAACGUCAUUAUCAGCGAGAAAAAGGACAAGGCCAUCAGCAAACACCAGGUGAGUGAGCUCCCUUUUCCUUAUGUUUCUGUGGGUCAGUAUGAACAGUCAAUCCGAGCUCCCAUCGGAAAAACCUGGAAUCCCGAGACUGCGGUAAAAGAACUUGUGAAACCAAAAGUGGUCACUAAGAUGGGAACUAUCAUUCAACCCAUCGAAAAAGCGGACGGCCCUGAACUUCUUCGUCAGGUCUUCUUAGAACGUGGAUGGAUCGAAUUUGAUGAGGACUCACUGGAGGACUAUGACUGGAACAUCUGGUGGAGAACAUCGAGAUUCCGAAACUGUGAUUACGAUAACAUCCAAAAAUGGCAGCGACUAAAUCACUAUCCCAAAUCCACUGGUAUCACCAAGAAGGACUGCCUGGCCCGAAAUCUGAAGCGUAUGAAGGGUGUCCACGGAGCGGGGGUGUACAAUUUCUGCCCCAUGACGUUCAAUCUCCCAAAUGAUUACACACGGUUUGUCGCAGAAUACAGUAAAUUAACACAGAAACAAAGUGACUCUAAAACAUUAUAUUGGAUAUGCAAACCAGCAGAUAUGUCCAGAGGGCGUGGCAUCUUUCUCUUCAGUGACAUAUCCGAUCUGCAGUAUGACUGCAAUGCUGUGCUACAGCGAUACAUAUCAAAUCCCCUUUUGAUUGGAGGAUACAAGUUCGAUAUCCGAAUUUAUGUGGCAGUGCCAUCGUUUCAUCCUUUGACAAUUUACGUAUACGAGGAAGGAAUUGCCAGAUUUGGAACGGAAAAAUUUGAUCUUUCUGCCUUGAACAACGUCUUUGCACAUCUCACAAACACGUCUAUCAACAAGCACAGUCCAGCUUAUACCACGGACAAGGAACGGAUCGGAGCCGGAUGUAAGUGGACUCUCACACAGCUCCGUUAUUAUUUCCAUCAGAACAACAUCGACGACAGUGUUCUGUGGAUCCGAAUCAUGAACCUCAUAAUUCUAACAGUUUUAGUCCAAGCUCCACAGGUCCCCAAAAUGGAGAACUGUUUUGAGCUGUAUGGAUUCGACGUCCUCAUUGAUGAAAAGUUAAAGCCAUGGCUGCUAGAGGUAAACUUCAGUCCAUCUCUGAGCUCAGACUGCCAGUCAGACAUUGUGGUUAAAAAGCCACUGAUACAUGACCUGAUGGAUCUCAUGCAUUUCAAAGACCAGGACAAAGAAAGGGGAGGAGAGGCGUUUAAACAGCUGACGAGCAGGUCAAAGGCUCUGGAGACUGACCGCUACUCCUCCGUCAGCAGGACAGGCAGGAAUUCUGCCAUCCACAGGAGUUCAUCUAACUUUCAGAAAAGUUUGAGUGCUCUCAGUAAACAACAGUCCACAGUGAAAGAGAGCACAUCUUACAUAGAGCAGGGCAACGAGAUGGAGAAGCUGAAAGAGGCAGAGAAACUGUGUUUUGGACUGCCAUUAGUCAAUCCAGCCGAAGAUGAUAAAAGACCAGGCAGUUCCAGCUCUGGAGUGUCUAGUGCUGGAAGUGAGAAGUUUAAUGAAGAAGAGAUGGACCAGAAACCUCACAUUCCCAAAAGUGCCAGUGCAGGUCAGCUAUAUAGAGAGAAGAGCCGAGCUUCAGUCACAUUCAGUAUAGGUCCUCCCAGUUCUAGAUCCAAAACUCCAACAGACCUAAACAAUAACCAGCCCGCUAGUCAAGCCAUGAUCCACACAACCAUCGGUCCUGUUCAGACCAUGUUUGUACGGAGAUCUAGUACACUGUCCUCCAAUUUCAAAACACACAAGGCCGAAAAAGGAUCCCUGAAAACUUCAGCUACCUCUGACAGUGCAAUAUCAAGUCUCUACUCAGGAUCAGGAAGUGAGAACUCAGACUUAGUCUCCCUACCGGAGGAGUCACGCAGGCGGUCCAACAACCUGGUCACCAAUCAGCGAAGGCCCAGCUACACUUAUGGACAGACCAAUGACAAUAUUCCAAACAAAAAAGAUAGUUCUUUAGAACCAAAGAGCUCAUUAUCUAAAUCGUCAUCAUCUAGUCAUUCAUUAUCUGGAAUUAAAUCGCUUCGACCACAUGGAAAUUCGAGUUCACUGAGAAAAAUUUCCUCCUUAGGGACUGUGACCCCAAAGCCAAGUUUAUAUCCCCAACGGACAUUGAGCCGAACACAGCAAAAUAACCAUGAAGCGUCUUUAUCACAUCGAGAGGUCAAAACCCUGCACCAAAGCAAUUCACAACGAAACCAGUCACGAAGAAUUACACCGGUCAACGAAUCUCAGGCACCUUUUGCAAAAGUCUCUUUACGAAAAUCCCAGGCAAGUCGGAUGGGUGAGCAUGAAGGUGGUCAUCCCACACGCAGAAGUAUCAAUGGAUCCCGAAUGAGCAUUCGUAAUCGGGCCCAACUGAAUAGUCAGCAGGGAAGGUCAAAGGUCAAGGGUCCUCCAUCAAGGGUCGGCAGUUUCUACCUCGCAUUUCCUUUUAAUGAGGUGACAUAUAAAACUGCCAAUGGAACGUUAGAUCCCCAUGUUGUGAUUCGUGAGUCCCAGAAGAUUCUGAGGGAAAUCCUGCACAAUGUGGACAAGGCUAAGGGCGAGAAGAAUACGGGUGGAUACCUGCCAUUUGGAGCCAAAGAAGAUUCGGAACUAGAGCGACUCUGGGCACCUGUCAAACCACCACCAGAGGAUACAUGAUCUUAUGCGGAGAAGAUUAAAGGAUUAAAGAACAUUGACGUUUCUGAUGCGAUGAACCAACGGAUAAUGCUCUAUACUACAUACAACAAUACCUGCCCGAGGACCAGGGCCCGAGGACCUUAUCACGUGCUUUUACAGAGCCUGGCCCCCUAAUAAAUUACUAUAUCGUAUUGUUAAUGUUGGUUAGAUCCAGUAAUGUACAGAGGCAUAGAGAAAAUAUCAGUUGUCAUAUGACAUAAAAUUUAAGUUAUUCAUAGUGCUAAGAAUAUGUCACUGAGCUGGUUCGAUGAAAAAUAGCUGAUCAACGAAUUUGAAAUGAUUCAUUUAAAAAUGUAAUUUUUUUUUAUUUUAAAAAAGGUCAAAUUUUGUUAUAUGCAAAAGAUGGUUCUAUAUUUAUUUUUGCAGUGAUUGAUGUUCAGUGUUUUGUGUGGAGAGUACCCAGAGUAUAGUCAUUUCCUUUUCCGCAGCAUAAUCACCCCCCCCCCCCUACUUGUUACAAUUAAUGUAUAUAUAUCUUAUUUAUUUAAUGAUGACUAGUCUAAUCCUACUGAAGAGUGCUAUUUAUGUAAUAUUAUCUGCAUGUCAAUAUACCUGAGAAAUGUGAUGGUUAAACGAGUACGUAAAUUGGAUCUGCUAAAUUGAAUUAUCUCCCAUGAAUGUUUUCCUUAAUGACUAAUACGCGAGUUUAACUUAGAACUUACUGACCAUGUGCAACUGUGACUAUGGUAACAAGUUCUCUGUAUCGAAUGCCACGUAUAGGUCAAACUCGUAAAACCUCAUGUUUGUAUUUUGAUUUUUUUAUUUAAAAAAAAAAUCCCAGGUUAAUUGUUAUGAUGGCAAUAUUUCUGUGGAGGAGAAAACUUAGGAUAUGAUGCAGAUAAUGUUUUGAUGUAAUUCGUUAAGAGACGACUUGAUUGUGUCAAGGGUCAUUAAUGUUUCUGUUAUUGUGUAUAGUGGCAAUCUUUGUGUGUCAGUAUAACCUGUAUUCUAUAAUGUAUUUCUGAUGGUGCUGUGUCUCCAACUGUCUAUAUAUGUACUCCUAUACAUUGUUUAUUCAUUCUGAGGUGUUAAUUAGUUGUUUUGUUAAUUUACAUGCGAUAUAUACUCAAUUAAGUUUGAAAAUUGUUGAUUGUAAUAAUUUGUUAUAUGAAUUAGCAUAAUUGUUCUGACGAUUAACUGCUGUGAAAUAUAUUAUUUUGAAAUCAACUUCACAAUUCAGAAUAGUCCAACUGAUUUGUGUAAUUUAAUUGAAGAUAGGAACUUACCUAUAGAAAAAGCAUGUGAUGUAUUCAAAAGGGGAAAAUUUUGAGUCAGACCAAAAUUCCACAAUGAGACAUUGCACUUAUUAGCCUCUUUACAUUUAAUUUUUCUUCACAACAUUUCAUUUGACCUAGCUGGGGAUUAGAGAGGGGCUUUGACGUUAUUUAACCGUAGAUUAAUUAAGUCGUUAAGCUUAUAGCUGUGAUAUAUUUACGUAUAUGUUUGUGAUGGUGUUGUUUUAUAGACGUUUUAAUGUAAAUUUCAGAAAGUAUCUAUCUGGACUUAAAUUUGUCUUACGUAGAGCAGAAAAAUUAAAAAAUAAGCAAUUUUUAAGUUGCAAACGAUGGCUGUCAAAGUGAAGCUGUGAUAAAUGAGUGUUUUGUCUCAUCUCAUCCAUACUGAAAUCAUGAUAAUCUUAUUCAGCUGUUAAAGGGACUGAUUCACGAUUUUCCCCAAAAUUUUGUUUUUCUCUUUUAAUGAUUAAAAUCUACUGUCUAAUGUGUUUGAAAGAUUUCACAUAAAAAUUAAGGUUAUACAUCAUCACAGAAGCUCCAGAAGCUCAUUUUAGAGAGUUUAUGGCUUGUUUUGUAAACAAAGAUUGGGGUAUGCUAUUGUUUACGAAAUUUAAAAAAAAAAUGGAUAUGGAUCUAAGUUUAUCAUAUCUUUCACAUUUCAAGCAUUUUUUGGGUAGAAUGUGUCAUCUAUAAGUUAUAAUUUGUGACUGCAAAAUCAAGAUGCUUUAUAUUACAGAAUCAAUAUUUCACGUGUUUGUUUGUUUACAUAAAAAGACUCGAGUCUUUGUUUACAUAACACAGAUUUAAGGUUGAAAUAUUGCUUUUAUUCUUGCAUUCAGAAGGUCAAAAUUUUGGCUGUCAACAUUAAGUGAGUUAUAUUUUCAAUGUUUAACAUCAAAAAGGAAAAAUAUCUUUAUCAAAAAUCGUGAACCAGUCCCUUUAAACAAUUAGGAUCAUGCAUUCAUCAAGCGUUAUGUUUAGAGUGUUAUUUUCUCUUCUACGUGUCAUUUCAUCAUUAUGGACCAUAUCAUUAUAAACAGCAUUUCCCAUCUUCAUUUUAAUUUGAAUAUCAAAGAUAACAAAAAUCAAUUUUAUUUAUAUAUGUGUGAAGAAUUCAAUGAAGUUAAGCGUUAAUUAGAAUGCAUAUAGAAAAUCUCCUUAUAGAAUAUAACACUGUGUUGUGUACUCCAAUACUAUAAAGAUUAUCAUAGAUUAUUGUAAGUUAUUACCUUAGAAAUUAAAUUACUGUAAAUCUGUACUCUAUAAAUUAAAUUACUGUAAAUCUGUACUAUAGAAAUUAAAUUACUGUAAAUUGGUACUCUAGAAAUUAAAUUACUGUAAAUCUGUACUCUAGAAAUUAAAUUACUGUAAAUCAGUACUAUGGAAAUUAAAUUACUGUAGAUCAGUACUAUAGAAAUUAAAUUACUGUAAAUCGGUACUAUAGAAAUUGAAUUACUGUAAAUCGGUACUCUAAAAAUUAAAUUACAGAACUGUAAAUCGGUACUCUAGAAAUUAAAUUACUGUAAAUCGGUACUAUAGAAAUUAAAUUACUGUAAAUCGGUACUCUAGAAAUUAAAUUACAGAACUGUAAAUCGGAACUACAGUGAGUAAUCAUUGUUAUGGUAUCACUACAGCCGGCUUGGCCAAAUGCAUUAUAUGUCCUGGCUUUGAUUUCUCGAACAAAAAAAUCUCAAAUUUUUCUUCUAUUCAGCAGUCAAAAUUUGAGUAAAAUCUCAGACUUUAAAAAGUCCAAGUUUCGACUUAAGAUUGCUUCGAGACAUCCAGGUCAGGGAAAACAAUAAUGAAUUCUUAAUUGUGAUUGCCAUUGGUACUCGAUCUGUACAGUCUUUUUAAGUUCAUUGAGAAAUUUGUAAUAUGUAUUUAAAGAUGUGUAAAUUAUAAGGAUUUUAUAUUUAGGAAUUUUGUGUACAAAUUCAAGCAAGAAAAUGAGGCUAUCAAAACUGUCGGUCAUUCUACUGAGAAACAUGCGGGGUUAAAGUUCAGACAGGAACUAGGAUCAUAUGGGACUUGUAAAGGUUGUUUCGAAGGUCAACAUUUCUUGUUAUCUGACAUUGUUUUGACAUUGGAACGAAAUAUUAAACAUAAAACCAUUGUUAUUAAAUCAAAAUUCCUCUCCAUUUUUACGCCUGGAAAAGCUGGUGUUUUCCACAUAAAAUGGAGAACUUUAAUGUGUGCUAUACAAUCGCAGGUUGCUGUAGUCAUUCCAGCUUGGAUGUGAAUAAAGGCCAAGUAUAUUUUUGUACACACAUAUUCUUAGUCUUAGGAUGGACAGAUUGACUAAACUGGAAUCAACAGAAUAUGUCUAUAUAUUUGGAUGUUGUGACUGGACACAUUCUGACUAUGACUAGAGUACACACAUUCUGACUAUGACUAGAGUACACACAUUCUGACUAUGACUACAGUACACACAUUCUGACUAUGACUAGAGUACACACAUUCUGACUAUGACUACAGUACACACAUUCUGGCUAUGACUACAGUACACACAUUCUGACUAUGACUACAGUACACACAUUCUGACUAUGACUAGAGUACACACAUUCUGACUAUGACUACAGUACACACAUUCUGACUAUGAGUACAGCACACAUUCUGGCUAUGACUACAGUAGACAAACUUUGACUAUUUUCUUGGAUGUUGACUUCUGAUUAUCAAGUACAAUAUAUUUUUAGGCACGAUGUAGAGAAUGACAGGAAAUUGUACUUUUGGAUUCUAAUGACUAAAUCUGAAUGUAUAUAUUCUUGGAUUUUAUGAGUAGACUAAAUCUGACUAGUAUAUGUUUUUGGAUGUUAUGACUUGACUAAAUCUGACUAGUAUAUAUUUUUGGAUUUUAUGACUAGACUAAAUCUGACUAGUAUAUAUUUUUAGAUGUUAUGACUAGACUAAAUCUGACUAGUAUAUAUUUUUGGAUGUUAUGAGUAGACUAAAUCUGACUAUUAUAUAUUUUUGGAUGUUAUGACUAGACUAAAUCUGACUAGUAUAUAUUUUUGGAUGUUAUGAGUAGACUAAAUCUGACUAUUAUAUAUUUUUGGAUGUUAUGACUAGUUGGAUGUUAUGAAGUGGAUAUUAUGACUAGAAUAAACGGCUUGUAUUUGAUAUAUAAGAUAUAUUAUCUGUUGCUCUGUGUAGCUUUAAUGUCUUUGUUUAUUUACUUUAGCUGUUACGUUGUUUAUUUCUUGUUGUCUUCUGCUUGUUUGGAAAAUAAAAUUAUUUUCUGAGAAA